UGCGCUACUGCAACUCCAGGGAAGCACAAAAGGAGGCGAGUAUAGCUAGUCGCCUUCUUACGAGAGGAAGAGAGUAAGGGAGGAGGCAAUGGCGUCUGCAACUCUGCUAAAGUCCUCCCUGGUGAUCGACAAAUCCGAGUUCUUGAAGGGGCAGUCUCUUCGCUCCUCCUCCACAGCCAGCUUCAAGAUCAACUCGUCGACCUCCCCUUCAGCACUCGUCGUCCGGGCCGGCUCCUACGCCGAUGAACUCGUCAAGACUGCGAAAACUGUUGCAUCUCCGGGCAGGGGAAUUCUGGCAAUGGACGAGUCGAACGCCACAUGCGGCAAGAGGCUGGCUUCCAUCGGGCUGGAGAACACGGAGGCCAACCGCCAGGCCUACCGCACCCUUCUCGUCUCGGCACCCGGCCUCGGCAACUACGUCUCCGGCGCCAUCCUCUUCGAGGAGACCCUCUACCAGUCCACUACCGAUGGCAAAAAGAUGGUCGACGUCCUGGUCUCCCAGAACAUCGUCCCUGGUAUCAAGGUCGACAAGGGUCUGGUGCCCCUUGCUGGAUCCAAUGAUGAGUCGUGGUGCCAAGGUCUUGAUGGUCUUGCCUCACGGUCUGCAGCCUACUACCAGCAGGGUGCUCGCUUUGCCAAAUGGCGUACUGUUGUGAGCAUUCCAAAUGGUCCAUCUGCUCUUGCUGUGAAGGAGGCUGCCUGGGGUCUCGCCCGCUAUGCCGCGAUUUCGCAAGACAAUGGUUUGGUUCCUAUUGUGGAGCCUGAGAUCUUGUUGGAUGGUGAUCAUGGAAUCGACAGGACCUUCGAGGUGGCCCAGAAAGUGUGGGCUGAGGUGUUCUUCUACUUGGCCGAGAACAAUGUCAUGUUUGAAGGUAUCCUUUUGAAGCCCAGCAUGGUCACCCCUGGAGCAGAAUGCAAAGAGAGGGCUACCCCUGAGCAAGUUGCUGAAUACACCCUGAAGCUCCUGCACCGCCGGAUUCCACCUGCCGUCCCCGGCAUCAUGUUCUUGUCUGGAGGACAAUCUGAAGUGGAGGCUACCCUCAACCUGAACGCCAUGAACCAGGGCUCGAACCCAUGGCACGUCUCCUUCUCAUAUGCGAGAGCUCUCCAGAACACUUGCCUCAAGACCUGGGGUGGGCGACCCGAGAAUGUGAAGGCUGCACAGGAUGCACUGCUCCUCAGAGCCAAGGCCAACUCUCUUGCCCAGCUUGGAAAAUACACUGGUGAAGGAGAGACCGAGGAGUCUAAGCAAGGCAUGUUUGUGAAGGGAUAUGUCUACUGAGCGAAGUAGCUGCGCCAUGCCACCACCCCAUACUUUCUCCGUUCCUACAUAAUACUAAUACUGUGUGGAGUAGGUUUUGCUGUUUGCCUCUUACAGUUGCAGGAUUUCACACAAUUUCCUUUCCUCUUGUCCUGCCUUGUAAUGAUUAAAUACUCAUGAUGUAGGCUAUUUUUGUUUC